CUUCGGCUGCAAUUAAUGGGCAAUAGACGGAGCUAUGGACGAAACGGAGAGGAUCCUGUAAGGACAGAUUCUGAGAUGCAGAUAACCAGACUCUUUGCCUUACUGCUGAUGGUGCUGGAGUGGACCCGUCCAGGCCUGUCCUCCCCAUUACGCCCCAUCUGUGACCUGCGCGUCCUCGACCAUUUCAUUAAGGAAGCUUGGGAUGCAGAGGCUGCUAUGAGAGUGUGUAAAGAUGCUUGCAACAUUGCAACAAACUUCACUGUUCCUCUGACAAGAGUUGAUUUUGAUGUCUGGGAAGCAAUGAAUUUAGAGGAGCAAGCUCAGGAGGUCCAGUCAGGCCUACACGUGCUGAACGAGGCCAUCAGCUCAUUACAGGCAUCUAAUCAGACUGACGUGCUGCAGUCCCACAUUGAUGCCAGUAUUAGCAACAUUGCCAGCAUCAGACAAGUGCUGCGAAGUCUCAGCAUACCGGAAUAUGUACCUCCUACCAGUGGUGGAGAAGACAAGGAGAUGCAGAAAGUAUCCUCGAUCUCAGAGCUGUUUCAGGUCCACAUCAACUUCCUGCGAGGAAAAGUGCGUCUUCUGCUUGCCAAUGCACCUGUCUGCCAUCAAGGUGUCAGCUGAUAGACAAUUUUGAGCAAGGGCCAAACUAAUUGGAGCUCCUCAUAUCAGGAGGCAGGAUAUGGGCUAUUACAAAGGAUAUGUUGCCGAGAUUUGAAUGACUGGGAGUUGUAGCACUUUGAAAGAUUUACUCACAAAGGGAAAAGAAGACAUCCCCCAGAAUGCCAAGCACCCCCUUUGGCUGUCUUCUCUCUCCGUGUUGAGCAUUUGCAGACCCACCUGCGUUACCUGGCAAAAAUCGACCAGACGCAAUCAUGAAACUUCAAGAAAUCACUCCUCUUUCCCCAUAUGACUGUUGGCACAUGCCCAGCUCAACUGGGAAGGUUUAUCUGGGACUUUUUAAGUGUUUUGUAUUGCUUAUGAAAUUGUCAUUAUUUAUAUAGAUGAUAUUUCUUAGAGCUGGAAUCACUUGCUUUUGCAGGUUCUUUUCUGAAGCUAUUCAAGUGAAGACCUCUCUUCCUCCAUUUACUGUGGCCUCAAGCACCUCCAAACAUUGAACUGUUGAUAGAGAAGUCUCUUUAUCAAUAUUAAAUAUGCACUGUAGGUUUUAUAUUCAUUUCAGUGUUACGUUUAUGUGUGUGUGUAUGUAUAUGUGUGACUUUUGUGAAUGCUGCAGGGAAUGUUUCAAGCGUCGGUGAGGAAGGUUGUAAUGCUGAAUUCUUACGGGUCAGUUGGGGUGAACAGGAAGAAGGACUAGAUUGCUGCUUGUGUCGGGGGAAUUGGAAGCUUUCGUGAGAGCUGAUGAGGCUCUGUGUUAGCUCAUGUCUGAAUUACGCGUUGUCUUGUGCAGAUAACGUCGCUGCCAGGAAAAAUAUUGAUUAGUGUGUGUAUGACGAACAUCCUGGCCUGCUUCCACUUCACGCACGACGCUGCAUAUUUGCCUUUGGGAAAUGAUCGUAAGGUUGACAUUUUGUUUCUCUUUUUCCGUAUAACUUGUUUGUGUUUUUCGUAAACAGCCUGUUUUUUUUUUUUUGUUUUUUGUACAUCUGUCAAUCAGUCUCUGUCUAGAUGCAACAAAGUAUGUUUGUAGAUGUUUUUUCCUGUUGUUUUGCUGUUGUGUGGUUCUUUCAUCACAAUGUCAUUUGGUAUUCAAAUACAAAGUAUUAUUCUU